AUGUCAAGUUCAAAUGAACGAAGCCAGAGCUCCAAGCCGGGAAGCAAGCCCACGUAAGUUUAUAGGUUUACUUACUGUUGAAAUUUUAUACGAGUUUUAAAAAUUGUCAUUAAACAAACAUUUUUAUUAAAAACAAUUAAUUAAAAAAUCUGGCCAUUCUAGAGCACUACAAACCAAAGAAUCAGGAGCCAAGAAGGGUAUAUUUGCUCUUUUUCGGUAUAAAAACAUAAAGACUACCGAGUAUCCGCACUUGUUGGUGUCCGACCGUGACUUCCUCGAAGGCUUCCAGAAGGCGUUGUUGGAUAUGCUCAUCAACGUUUGUUCGUCCAUUCAACCAAGCUCCGAGUUCAUAACUGAUGUUGAAAGAAUGCACUUUGAAUAUCCUGAAGGUAGGAGUCCGUUCAAGGAGGUUCAUGAACUUUUCAAAGAAGCCCAAGUUCAUUACGAUUUCCCGGUAAGAAUUUUAGGCUUAAAAAUUUAAAAUUUUUUUGUUAAGUUAUUGAAAUAAACCAAUUUUUAUAUUAAAUUUUGAUUUUUUAGCAAAAACAUUUAGUAUUAGCUCAUAGCCCUGAAGUGUUAGAGUCAUAAAAUAGUAGUUAAAAUUUACUUUUAGGCUUUUCUUGACAAUGCAGAAAGAAUCAAAACAAUGUGGUCAAAGCUGACUACUACACAUAAGUCGUUUCAUACGAUGGUCAAGAAUGACUUCACUAAAAGUCGCGAGUUUUUGGUUGAAACAUAUCCUGCGAUCAACACAGCUUUCAAAGGUAAGUCAUGUUUUUUACCCUACCCUACUUUGCCCAGCUUCACUCUAGUCUGCCUUGUUAUACCCUGCCUUAUCCUUCCCUACCGGACCUCACUCAUCCUUACCCUAUCCUACCCUAAUUGAACUCUUAUUACAAUUUUUAAAUAAUUCAGACUUGGAUACAGCUCGCUUCAAACUGGACACAGCUAACCACGAUCUCAAGAAUGCAAAGAACGAAGAGGUGCGCAUUACUCGAAAGAAAACAGCUGAUGACAACAAGGCUUCAUACGAUAAAACCCUUACUAACACUACGGAGCUGACUUUGCAAGGUUUCAAACCGCGACUGUAUAUUGCAAUCGAAGCCACCAAGUUCAUUUCCCUCUACAAGAGAGCUCAUAGGCUAAUGUUUGAGGCGGUUCAGGAAGGAAGAAACUCGAAACGUUGCACUUGCAAGUUCUGUGCCUCUAGUAAAUGA